UUAUUAACUAGAUUAAUGAGCCCACACCGUUCUUCUUCUUCAAGCUAACCUUUCCCAUUUAUACAUUUUCCUUAUUUCAAAAUUGUAGGUUUUUUAUUUGUGUGCAUCUCCUUCCACUCUAAUCCAAAUUAAGCAUAUCAUGAUAUAUCAUCAGAAAGCUCUUUCAUUUUUGAGACCUUUCUAAUUGUAUAACAUCCUUACUAUGAAUCAUUCUCUAUGAUUUAUGAGAAUUUUUUGAAAUAUUCAGCCAUGAAAGCUUAGAUUUGAAAUAUCUGUAAGCACAAGAAGACAUUGGCUACCAAAAAUUGCAAAUUUAAUCUACAUAGAUAGAAGAUCAUUUACGCCAAAAAUCACGGAGUAAUAGUAAGCAUGCUUCAAAUUGCCAUUAAUAUGCAUUGAGAAAGAAUAGCAGGAGGAAAGGGACCAAGUUAAAAAAUGGAGGCCACCUCUAAUUUUGUAGAUGCUAUUUUGGUAACUUAGACCCCUAAAAAUUUGAAAUUUUCUUUCACAAUGAUGGGAUGCCAGUGAGGUCGCCGAUUCCGUUGAAUCGAAGCUGCUUAGCAUGGACCUUAGAUCUUUCGGAGACAAGUUCUUAUCCAAACUCAAUCUCCUCCUUUGGAAGUCAUCUCCUUUUCAAGGGCCCAAAAUCCUCCAAGUGCUCCUUUUCUCUAAUUUUAAUUGGCCUAUAUAUGCUUGGUUAUUGAGGAAAUGUUGUAACAGGAAGAAAUGCAAUGAAAAACAGAACUCAGAAAGCAAUCAUGAAAUAAGAAACAGAAAAUUUUACGCCAAAUCGGAGCGCCGAGAGAGAAAGGAUCGAGGCGAGGAGGUCGGAGAUAGAGAGCCGGCAGGAAGUAGUCAAUGAUGGGCGGACGAGAUUCUUUAGUAAGAAACGAAAUCAAGGGAUUCUGACCCA